AUGGUGUCCCAAUUUGUCACCGUCCUCGCUGCUGUAUCAGCUGUCACUCCUUUUGUUUCUGCUUUCGAUCCUCAAUCGCGGUCGAAUGUUGCUGUCUACUAUGGCCAAGGAACCGAUCAGCAACGUCUAAGCCAUUUCUGCCAAGAUACCUCCUUGGAUAUCAUCAACCUUGGUUUCGUCAAUAUCUUCCCUGACCAAGGCGUUGCCGGUUGGCCAGGAAGCAAUUUCGGCAAUCAGUGCGAUGGCACCUACUACACGGUUGGCAACCUAACAACAGAGCUGCUCAAGGGUUGCCACCAGCUAGUGGAAGACAUUCCUAUCUGCCAGGCUGCGGGCAAGAAAGUGUUCCUGUCUUUGGGUGGUGCUUACCCCGCCACUCAGCAAAUUUUAUCAGAGGACUCUGCCAAUGAUUUCGCCGACUUCCUAUGGGGUGUCUUUGGCCCCAAGACCGACGACUGGGUGUCCAACAAUGGUCCUCGCCCUUUUGGUGAUGUUGUCGUCGAUGGCUUCGACUUUGACAUUGAGCACAAUGGCGAUUACGGUUACGCAACAAUGGUUAACCGACUGAGAUAUCACUACUCCUUACAGCAAGGUCGUGACUUCUACAUCUCGGGUGCGCCUCAAUGCUCGAUCCCUGACAAGCAACUUGACAACGCGAUUGCCAACGCCCACUUCGACUUCAUUUGGGUGCAGUUCUAUAAUACACAGGGCUGCUCCGCCCGUGACUAUGUCGAAGGCACGGUAGAUGGGUUCAACUUUGACAAAUGGGUGGAUGUCAUCAAAGCAGGAGGCAAUCCGGACGCUAAGCUAUAUGUCGGAUUGCCUGGCAGCACGAGUGCUGCUGCCAGCCCUGAUUAUUACAUUACCCCCGUGGAGGCCUAUGCGCUGGUUGCCGAGUAUAUGGCGCGCUUUCCCGACACCUUUGGUGGUAUUAUGGUUUGGGAAGCGACUUAUUCGGACGAGAAUAAAUUCGGCGACGAUUCUUUCGCCGACGUGAUGAAGCAGAUUGUCGUGACUCUCGACCCUACUCCUCCUCAGACAAGCACUGCUGUGCCCUCUAGCAGCACGCCUACGCCAUCCCCCUCAUACACUGCCACAAGUACACCUGCGGUGUCCACUCUUUCUGUCUCGUCUAUUACUUCUACGGUGUCUACUCCUUCGGCUGUGUCGACU